AUGGUGAACCAAGCGCCUGGUACACAUUUACAUAUUAACGUCGCUAAAUCCAGAUAUAUCAUUCCUAAUCCGCUUAAUCUGCCGACUUACAUCAAACUUCUUUUCAAAUUAUGGGUUGUACUCCUGUUUAAAUGCGGAAAUGGUCCGCUUGCUCUUCAAGAAUUUCAUUCAAAGAUGAUAGAAGUUUUCGCCUGCCGUAAUCCUGAACGAUGGGCCAUAGCUGCGAAAUUAUUCUUUGGCACCAAAACGAUUGCCGGGGGUAAAAUGAAAAUGGCGUAUUCGAUACUUUACAAUUUAAGUCCCACUAGAAUUUUUUUGUUGUCAGAAGACACAAUUGUUGAAGCUGAGCGUGAGAUGGAAAGCAUUCUUCUUAAAUUAAAAAACUUGUGGACUCACAGACCUACCGUGAAUUUUGAGGGUAAUGCUUAUAAUGUGGGCGACUUUAUUGUUCGUGCAGCUAAUCCAGUAUCUGCAAAUGUAUCCUAUAAAGGCAUGCUAGUUGAGGUUGAAUACCUUCCUGCCGUUCAUCCGUACGUUGCUAAUUCACUUUUACGCGAAUUUCUCACAAUGAUCGUUCCUCCCACUAUGGAAGUUGUGCAGUGGGAGCCAAAUGAAGAAAAUUCUUAUUCUAAAGUUGGUCUAUCCGAAGAGGUCUUUACAAGAACACAUACCAGUUAUCAGUACAUUAUGCUGUUCAAAAAGGAGAAUUUAUUGUUAUAA